AGCGUUAUAAAUGUGCUAGAAAAGCAGCUUAACCGACAUGACCACUCAAGAUGGACGAUGUUCGCAAUGUUCGGAGCCGAUUGGUGCCCUUACUCCAGUCAAUUGAAACCUAUAUUCAAGGAUGCCGCAGCGGACUACAAGUUGCGCAAUCCAACAGCAGAUGUCAUUUGGGCUUCAGUUGAUUGCGAUGAUCAGCAAGAUAUCUGUGAGCGUUUCUACGUGAAUAAGUACCCCACUAUGAAGCUUUUCGUCUUCGGCGAUAUGAUGAUCAAUGAAUAUAGAGGAGAACGAGCAAUGCGUUCUCUGUGUGAUUUCGUUGACGAACACUACAACGAUGCUAUUAAUAUUUUCAAUGACGAUCCUCGGCAAGAUUUGGACAAAGAGAAGGGAAAUGUGAUUGCGUAUAUUCGCAGAGGUAGUGAAGCUUACAAGAAUCUUCAUGUAAGUUAUAUACCACGAUGUAGCUGCAAGUACCAAAGCAGUGUACGUGAUAGAUAUAUGGUAACGAUAUUUAAGUUCAUCGGAAAUCUCGAAGACUAUGCAAAACUAAAGCAGUGGAUCAGUGACAAAUGUAUCCCUGUCGUUCGUGAGGUGACUUUCAAAAACGUCGAAGGUCUCACUGAAGAAGGCUUGCCAUUUCUUGUCUUUUUCCGUGAUCCAGCAAAAAAAGAAGAUGAGAAAAUCUUCGUUGAUGCGGUCAUUCGUGAGCUGUAUGAUACACGUAUGACGAUCAAUCCUUUAUUAGCUGAUGGCAAUGUUUUUUCUCAUCCGCUUCGACAUCUUGGUAAAACGUCAAAGGAUCUUCCCGUUCUUGCGAUUGACUCUUUCACACACAUGUAUCUCUUCCCGAAUGUCUCUCAGUUGGCUACGCCGGGAGUUCUGAAGCAGUUUGUUGAAGAUUUACACAGUGGCGUUUUACACCAGCGAUUCCAUGGAAAGCCAGAGAUUAGACGACAAAAGAUAUCAAAGUUCCUGGAUAAGCAAAAUACAGGAGAAGACCAUCAAGCUGCUCAAGAUCCACCGGAAUCAGUCUUCAAAGAACUGCGGCCCAGUGGAAAACGCUACUCAUUUCUGCAGAAGACCGAACUUUGA